AUGUUCGUUAUAAAUAUGCUAACACAUAAAACUGGAAAUAUCAUUGCUGGAAGUAACAGAGAAUAUUCAAUGAUGCUUAGUUAUAUUUCAUGCAUAUGCGUCAUUACCAUAAUCUUUACAUGGGCUACUCGUAUUAACAGAGCUGCUUGUAAUGUUACCGAACACUGUGGAUACAAUACAUAUAAAGAUGGAAACGUGUGUAGAGAUUGUCCUGUAGGAUAUUUUGGAUUUCACUGCUCUAAUAAGUGUCCCCCACCUUCAUACGGAGUUCACUGUAGUCAAGUGUGUAAAUGUUCGCCGUGUGAUCAUGCAUUUGGUUGCACUUUAAACACCAAAUCUCAAGAAACGGGAUCAACCACUGCUGUAAAACAUAAAAGCUCGCCUAAAUUACAGAUUAUUAAGAACAUAACAAACCAAAAAACGCAAGAUUCCAUAUCUAUAGUUGAAACAACGACUUAUAUACCAAACGGAAGAAUGGAAGUAAUGACAACGCAGAUUCCCAAAAAAGACAUUACACCUGUAAUUAUCAUUUUUAUUGGAUCUUUUAUUUGUCUUGUACUGAUGUUUGAGAUACGUCGAGAAAUAAAAUUAUAUAUGGAAGUGAUUUCGGAGACCACCUGUGCUUGAUGAGGUUCAUACAAAUAUUGAUGAUGUCGACAACAGCAUAAGAUGAAUUUUUAUAAUAUCUAUAAUGAGAUAGUUAUAUUAAUUUUUCAAAAACUAUCAACAUCAUUAUGUUGUGACUUGACUUUUUUUACUGACUUUAUGUAGAUUUUCAAGAAAAACGGAGUUUUGCUCGAUAUGGAUCAAGAUGUCAAAAUUGAGGGCUAUGUUUUAAAUAACGAAUAAAUGUUCAAGGAAAGAAAGUGUUUACGGCAUUUUUUUUAGAAGGGUAUGGUUCUCUUAAGUUGUGCGUUAUUCUUUUCCAGAUCAUAAAAGUCCUUUGAACAUGCUUUUAUAUGUAAUAUGUUCACAUUCUUCCAUUUCGAAAUCAUCUACAUCAACCAUUGAAAAGCACAGCAGAACAGUCCAGUUAUUCCGCAAGUUUCUAUGAUAAAGCAAAGGAAUUAUUGCAUUGUGAUAUUUUCAACAAACCAACACUAAUAUUGUCAUUAAAAGCAAACCGAGGAAGACCUUAAAAGCAACUGUCUGAAGGUUAAGCCUAUUGUAUAUAAAUUUGUAGUCCAAUAUUUGGUGCCAAAGCAACUGCUCACAAACUGGCACUUGAGACAACUUUACAAAAAGCAUUUGCUUUAAUUUGUUUUGGUUCAUUUGUCGCAAGCUGAUUAUUUACUCAAAUUUUCUGUCAGAUAAACAGAGUGCAAUAAUUCUUGUUGUUUUGAUUUGCUCGAAAUUGGAUAGUUUUGUGCAUGUGAGCGCUAAGAAAGGAGUGGCUCUAACUUUGAUCGUUGAUCCAGAAUUGUAGAAUUUAAAAUGAAUUUGCUAACUACAGAAACAUGCACAUCUAUCGAUGAUUUCAUGUCAGUGUAAUUAAAAUCAAUUAAACAACACAGAUACUAUAUAGAAACAACUUUUAAAGCCUUGGUAUGUAGCCUCAUAGAAAAAAGAAGAAAGGGGCCAUUUUAUGCAAUGAAGCUCUGCUAUUCAAUGAACCGCAAAGUGACUGAAUAUUAGCACACAGGUAGCUGAAU